AUGGUGAAAAUUAUUCGUGUUACUGAGCCUGAAAAGUUUAAUGCAGCAAUUGAGAUUGCUAAUGGUCAGAAGGAUGCAGUUGUUUUUGUGUAUUUUUUUGGAACGGAAGAGCCGUCGACUGGACAAUCGUGGUCUAAUCCGCUCAUUCGUUCGACGAUAAAUCAACAUGCCGACUCUGCUUCAUUAUCAGGUACAGAAGUGGUUUUGAUUGAAGCACCUGUAGGAUCUAAAUCCGAAUGGCGUCGGUCCCCAAACCAUGUUUACAAAAAAGAUCCACGUAUUAACGUCUCGCGUAUUCCCACGUUGGUUAAGUGGACUUUGGACGCGGAAACUGAUACGAGACUGGUUGAAGAUGAGUGUGCUAGUGAGGAUAAUUUGAAAAGAUUUGUUCAGGGAAAGUUGUAA